CGAAUCAGGAAGCAGGCGUAGUGUUAAGUGACUUGGACGGUCACACCAUUAGUAUAUAAGAUCACAUUAGAACUCAGGUCUUUUUUAGUUAUAGCGUUAUAGGAACUUAGAUUUAGGUCUUGCAGGAAACGAUUGAAUUCAAUUUCUUUGACAAAUUAAGACACUGAGGCACAGUAACACAACUUAGAAAACUUGGAGAGUCUCAAUUCAAUAAAUGUUUAUUAAGCGGCUACAAAGUGCCAGACAUUCGGCUAAGCUUCGGGGAUACAAAAAGAGGUCAAAAGCCGUCCCUGCCUUGGGGAGCUCAUCGUAUGAAAGGCCACACAAUUAGGAAGUGUUAAAUUAAGUCUUCCGGUCUCGGGUUCCGCGCUCUAGCCACUGGACCACUUGACUCCACGCGCUGUUUCUCCCACGCUUUCCCGGCUAGUGGCUCACUCCAGGAUCGCUCGUCCCAACUGAGGCGCUGAACACUCGGGUCCCUCACUGGCUCCUUCCGGAAAGUGCCGAACACCGCCUCCCUCCCCUUCGCUCGGCCGUUUCCGGCCUCGAGCACUUCGGCAAAUCCCGCCGUCUCAGUCGGAAAUGGCCGACGUCCGGGCUGCCGGCAGGGGGAGUGAGGGAUCCGGCGCGGCCUGGGACGUAGGUAAGCGGGAGGCGGCGAGAGCCGGCUUUUGGGAACCCGAGCCUUGCGCAGGCGGCAGCGGUUCUUGCCGGGGCUGGGGAACCGGCAGAGCUCCGAGCUCCGGGCGGCGGCGGCAACGGGAGUUCUCCGGAGCGGGGGGCUAUGGGCCAGUGGCCCCUGCUGGAGGCCCCGAAUCCUCCCUCGGUCCGCGGUGACGAACUUCGGGGCGCCGAAGAUGACCAUGUUCUAGAGCUUACUACUCCAUGAGAUUGUGUAGCCAAGAAUGAUUCUUCCUGAGUCUGAGGAGGAAAAGAUCUAGAAGUUGAUGGCCUGACUACCUCCUAACGGCAGCAGUGACAAGACCGAAGCAAGGCUUUGCUCAUGAUCCGUCCAGCUGUGCAUGCUAACUAUGCCUGUUCUCCAGUCGGCAGCAUCAAGACCCAGGAGCCAUGGCCGCUGAGCAGUGCCGCCUGGUUCCGGGGUGCUUCCCCUUGGUGCCAUCGCCAGAGGCCUCUCUUUCCCCACAGUGGCGACGUGACAUUUCUGCCUGUCUGACAGAGAUUGAGGGCAUGUUCCUUGAUCGACAGCCACAGCUUCAAACCUGCAGGAGGAGGGUCAGAGACCAUUUCCAUUACAGCUGAGGAAAAUGAAAUUUCCAUUUUAUUUGGUGCCUUGUAGAGACAGUGCACUAAAUUUUAGGGAGAGGAGUGAGGAAGAGGAAGAAUUGUUAAGUGGAAACAUAUGUGGUUAUGGCGACUGACCCAACGUGAUCAGAGGGGGCAAGCGUGACACAGAGACUUAUGACAGGCUAUACCAUGUUGCGGAAUGGGGGCGUGGGGAAUGGAGGCCAGACCUGGAUGCUGCGGUGGUCCAAUCGCAUCCGGCUCACCUGGCUCAGUUUUACACUCUUUAUCAUUUUGGUUUUCUUCCCCCUCAUUGCUCACUAUUAUCUCACCACCUUAGAUGAGGCGGACGAGGCAGGCAAACGCAUCUUUGGGCCGCGAGCUGGCAAUGAGUUAUGUGAAGUGAAGCAUGUGCUAGACCUCUGCCGCAUCCGUGAGUCAGUCAGUGAAGAGCUCCUGCAGCUUGAAGCCAAAAGGCAGGAGCUGAACAGCGAAAUUGCCAAGCUCAACUUGAAGAUCGAAGCCUGUAAAAAGAGUAUUGAGAAUGCCAAACAAGACCUCCUCCAGCUCAAGAACGUCAUCAGCCAGACUGAACAUUCCUACAAAGAGCUGAUGGCCCAAAAUCAGCCCAAACUUUCCCUGCCCAUCAGACUGUUACCAGAAAAAGAUGAUGUGGGCCUGCCUCCCCCUAAACUGUUGCGUAGUUGCAGGCUACACAAUUGCUUUGACUACUCUCGCUGUCCACUCACUUCUGGAUUCCCAGUCUAUGUCUAUGAUAGUGACCAGUUGGCCUUUGGCAGCUAUCUGGACCCCCUGGUCAAACAGGCCUUUCAGGCCACAGCACGAACCAACAUCUAUGUCACAGAGAAUGCCGAUAUUGCCUGCCUCUAUGUGAUCCUGGUGGGAGAAAUGCAAGAGCCGUUGAGUUUGCGGCCUGCUGAACUGGAGCAACAGUUGUAUUCUCUGCCCUAUUGGCGGACAGAUGGACACAACCAUCUCCUCAUCAGCCUGUCGUGGAAGUCGAAUACACAGAAUUUACUGUAUAAUGUCAGUACUGGCCGAGCCAUGGUGGCCCAGUCCACCUUCUACACUGCUCAGUACCGAUCUGGCUUUGAUAUAGUCAUAUCACCACUAGUCCAUGCCAUGUCGGAGCCCAACUUCUUGGAGAUCCCUCCACAGGUGCCAGUCAAACGGAAGUAUCUCUUUAGCUUCCAAGGGGAGAAAAUUGAGUCACUUCGGUCUAGUCUGCAGGAGGCCCGUUCUUUUGAAGAGGAGAUGGAAGGUGACCCUCCUGCUGACUAUGAUGACCGAAUUAUUGCCACCCUGAAAGCAGUGCAGGACAGCAAGCUUGAUCAGGUGCUGGCAGAGUUUACCUGUAAGAAUCAACCUAAACCUAGCCUGCCCACUGAGUGGGCCCUCUGUGGAGAGAGGGAGGACCGCCUAGAAUUGCUGAAACUUUCCACCUUUGCUCUGAUUAUCACCCCAGGGGAUCCCCACUUGGUGAUCUCUGCCGGAUGUGCCACGAGGCUCUUUGAGGCCCUGGAAGUUGGAGCUAUUCCCGUGGUGCUCGGGGAGCAGGUGCAGCUUCCCUACCAGGAUGUGCUGCGGUGGAAUGAGGCAGCCUUGGUGGUGCCCAAGCCGCGCGUCACGGAGGUUCACUUCCUGCUGCGGAGCCUCUCGGACAGCGAUUUGCUGGCCAUGAGGCGCCAAGGGCGCUUCCUCUGGGAAACCUACUUCUCCACCGCUGACAGUAUCUUCAACACAGUUCUGGCUGUGGUUAGGACUCGCAUCCAGAUCCCAGCUGCUCCCAUCCGGGAAGAAGCAGCAGUUGAGAUUCCCCAUCGCUCAGGCAAAGCGGCAGGUACUGACCCCAACAUGGCAGAUAAUGGGGAUCUGGACCUGGGGCCAGUGGAAACAGAACCACCCUAUGCUUCUCCUAAAUACCUCCGCAACUUUACUUUGACUGCCACUGAUCUUUAUCGCAACUGGAACUCGGCCCCAGGGCCUUUCCACCUUUUCCCACACACACCUUUUGACCCUGUUCUGCCUUCAGAGGCCAAAUUUCUUGGCUCUGGCACUGGAUUCAGGCCCAUUGGUGGAGGAGCAGGAGGCUCUGGCAAGGAGUUCCAGGCAGCUCUUGGAGGCAAUGUUCCAAGAGAGCAGUUCACAGUGGUGAUGUUGACUUAUGAACGAGAGGAGGUGCUCAUGAACUCCUUAGAGAGAUUGAAUGGUCUCCCUUAUCUGAAUAAAGUGGUGGUUGUAUGGAACUCCCCAAAGCUCCCAUCAGAAGAUCUCCUGUGGCCUGACAUUGGCGUUCCCAUUAUGGUGGUCCGCACUGAGAAGAACAGUUUGAACAAUCGCUUCUUACCGUGGAAUGAAAUUGAGACUGAGGCCAUCCUGUCCAUUGAUGAUGAUGCUCACCUCCGACAUGAUGAGAUCAUGUUUGGCUUUCGGGUAUGGAGAGAAGCUCGAGAUCGUAUUGUGGGUUUCCCUGGUCGAUACCAUGCUUGGGAUAUCCCACAUCAGUCCUGGCUCUACAACUCCAACUAUUCCUGUGAGCUAUCCAUGGUGCUGACAGGUGCUGCCUUCUUUCACAAGUAUUAUGCCUACCUGUACUCCUAUGUGAUGCCCCAGGCCAUCCGGGACAUGGUGGAUGAGUAUAUCAACUGUGAGGAUAUUGCCAUGAACUUCCUCGUCUCUCACAUCACCCGGAAACCCCCCAUCAAGGUGACUUCCCGCUGGACAUUCCGAUGCCCAGGGUGCCCCCAGGCGCUGUCCCACGAUGACUCCCAUUUCCACGAGCGGCACAAGUGCAUCAACUUCUUUGUCAAGGUGUACGGCUACAUGCCUCUGCUGUACACACAGUUUAGGGUGGACUCCGUGCUCUUCAAGACCCGCCUGCCCCAUGACAAGACCAAGUGCUUCAAGUUCAUUUAGAGGCACCUCAGGGUUUGGCGACGAGAUCGCGUGGAAGGAGGCACCUGCAGGCAGGAGGUGUAGGAAGCCUUGUGGAGGAUCACCAGCUGGGUGGUCCAGUCUGGCCACUGCUGAGAACGGGGGCUAGUGAGAGGGGAAGGCUCAGCCUGGAUGCCGGCCUUGCCCGGGCGCUCGCUGGUUCUGGGCUGCUCUCUGCCGGAGCUUUGGUCAGGAGGUGCCAGGGUUCCACCCAGAUAUUCAGCAGCUUCUACUGAGGACCACGGGGACGCGGGGUAGUCACUCACUGAGUACGUUAGCCCAGACGACUGGUUUGUGGUUUUUAUUAUAAUAAUAAUAACCAUUGUUAUUAUUUAAAGAGAAAGUGUUUCAGGUUUGCCUCACAAGGCUUUUAUACACAUAUAUAUACACACACAUACAUAUGUAUGUAUGUUUGCACACAGACACACCCACACCCACAGAUCUCUUUUCGGGGACUGAAUUUUUUGCCUGUCUCACUGCGUGAGAAGUCGCAGGCUUCAGAGACCUCCUCUUCUUAGCUGGGAUGGAGUUGGUUCCCAACCUCGCAUCCUGUCUCCCCACCUCAGGCAUCCUCCCUCAUUCCCUAGGGAUGUCUUUGUUGAAACAAGUUAGGGAAUGGGGUUUUCCUCAUCACAGCCCAUGCCCAGGCUCAUCCCCAUCUGCCCCUUCUCCUCCCUUUCCACUUUCUAAGCCAAGACUGAACACGGGGAGGAGCAGGAGCCUGCAGCCUGGGGGAGCCGGCCCUCCUGCCUCAAUAUCUGGAACCCCUGUCCUUUGUUGUCCGUUGCCUUCGAAUCACCUGCAGUCUUGCAUUUUUGGAUGAGAGAAAGGGAAAACUAAUUGUUUCAGCUGCCAGGUGCAUCUGAAGGGGCUUCUAGGAUGGCUCGGCUAGCUUAAGCAGUGAGCCUCCUUUCUGUACCCCGGCUGGCCGGAUUGUCCCUCAAUGAGAAAUGGGACAGAUACCUGGUGAAAUUGGUCCUGACAUAGAUCCUCGAUUAUCAGGCUUUGGGGCUUUCAAAUAAUUUGUAUUCUUUAGAUUCUGAAGAAGACCUGGUUGGUCCUAGGGCUCGUGAAGUUUGGAAGGAACCCUAAGAAGAAAUGGGGUACAUUUUGGGUCAGUGUGAGAUCCCAAGGGCUGCCUUAUACCCAUCCUGGCCUCCCUCCCUCUCUUCCUCAGGUUUUCCAAAGUAAUGAUGAAGACUCCCACGUUACUGCCUCCGGCCCUCAAGUCCAGACCUGGGGCUAAGCCUGAAAUAAACCAGUCUGAGUGGGUUGGGAGCUGGACACAACUUCUUAGAGACUCAGCUUACUGUUAAUACCUAACACUAUAUCCAGACCUUAGCCACAUGGCCCAUGGCAGCUGACAGGAAGCUUAGAUUUGGCUCAGUCAUCCAGUCAUUCACAUGCCUUAAACUAGUUUCCCAUCCCUGUCUCUUGCUUCCACCUCUGUCCACCUGUACUUGUUGUAACCUCCUGAAGUGUCUUGCUGCAUCUGGGGUACAUAUUCUCUCCCCCCUCCAUCUUGCUCUCCCUUUCCCUUCCCCUAGCUCUCCCUUGAGCUCUUCAUCCCUCCUUUUCUCUCUCUCUCUUCUCUCUGUUUCUGUCUCUCACAUGUAUACACAAUCUUUGUAUCUAUCUGUCUGUCUGUCUCUCCUCUCUGUCUCUUCUCUCUCUUCUUUCUCUUCUCUUUCUCUCUUCUUUUUGUCUCUUUUCACUUUCUUUCUUUCUGUUCUCUCUUGUCUGUCUCUGUGUCUCCCACAUACACACACAGUCUCUGUGUGUGUGUCUAUUCUCUCUCUCUCUCUCUCUCUCUCUCUCUCUCUCUCUCUCUCUCUCUCUCCAGCCUCCCUAACGUAAUCUUGAGCUGCCUUAGUUUCAGACAAUUCUUUUCAGAGGCAGCUGGGGACCAGUGCCUUUGAGCACCUAUCACCUUGACAGGGAUGCUCCUAGGGUUUCAGUGCUCCCCUCCACAAAUCCACCCCAGAGCCUCUCUUGUCUUGCCUUUGCCAUCUGAACAAAAUCACUUACCGACUUUGGGAGUCUCGUCUUGCAGCCCAGCCAGGAGGGAUGUCAGCUUCAUAAUCCUGUUCCACACUCCCCAUUUCUUCUUUCCCUGAUUUCUUUUCUUAAUCCCUGGAGUUUUGGCCUUCCUGCCUUGGAAAAGCCAGAGAAGGUAGAUUGAGUUUUGUGAUACAUGGCUGCUACUUUUUACCCGUGAGGAGCUUGUGCGUUGGUUUAUAAACAAGGAAUCACCCAGGCCAUGAGGGUUGCCUUUGAGAGAGAUAUCCAUUUUGAAGGUCAUAUUCCGAAUCCCCGGGCAGCCCUUGGAGGCCGAGGGUGUAAUGGCUGCCAUGAGAAUUUUGUGUUGCCUUUUUUGGUGGGGGAGGAGAAGGGAGGACAGGACCUGAAACAAGUUAGAGGAAAGCCAAGGCCAGGGGUCCAGAUCCAAAAGGCUCCACUGGGCCUGAAGAGCUCCACUAACACAGCCCCAUGUGCUAAGAGGAGAGGCUCUCUGGCUGAGCUGACAGGUCAGCGCCGGCUUCUUGCAUUGUUUCAGACCUAGAGUCAUGUAUUCUCUUAGGGUCAGAGGCUCAAGAAGAGGCUCUUUAUUAGAGUAAGAAAACUCGGGGCCUGGGGGCUUCCCAGUACCCAUCUUGCCUGGACAAAAGGAGCAUCUGGACCUCUCUGGUACAGAUUUCCUCAGCUCUGCUGCUCAAGACAGCCCAGGUUGGUCCUGCAUCCGCCCCGGGCACAGCCUAAGUAUUCCAUGGGCGGUUAGCUUCUCGCGCCAUGUGAGAGGCCAAGCGGGGCCAUGGCGGUUCUCCCAAGCCCCAGUGCUCCCCAUGCCAUUCCGAGCUUUGGUUCCUCUCUCUCUCUCGUGGAUCUUCAUCCUGACUGUCAGGACUGCCUCCAUGGACUACUCCCUGAGCCUCACCAGAGGGACGGUUAAGGGGGGUGAUGCUUUUUCUGGUCUGAUUCCCCAUGACACUCAUGGGCCACUGCUCAAGGAGUACUCCCGGUUUGAAAUGACACUUUUAAAGGGAGAGGGAAGACCCCUUUUCCACCCUCGCCCCUCCACAAUCAUGAGCACAAUGAUCCUGUUGGAUUUUGUAAGAGGACAAAAUAAAUGGAGAAUUUAAUUCAA